CCUCCCAGCAUUCACCCACAAUCUCCAGAGCGAGGGAGCAGCUGUUACUGUCUGCAACGCUUCGAAGGAACAGACUCAUCAUGAAGACUCUGUUGCUGACCGCCGCCAUCGUUGCAGGACUGUUUGGCUGCUUGGUGGCCUUCCCGCCCCCGGCCCCCUUCCCUUUCCCCGUCCCUUACCACGCCUUCUGCAGGGCUCUCUGGCUCUUUGCAACACCUUGUGCUGAAAUCAGCACCACCAUUGCACAGCAGAUUCAAAUCUCCGCCCCGGAGUAUAAGCUUGUGACCGCAACACCUUUGGUCAUCAAAGCCAACCACACGUCUGAUGGCGUCCAGAUGCAGAACGUCACCUUCUCUUUCAGUGACACCAUCCUGACCGGAGGCUGCCGCGUAUCUGCAGAGUCCAUCUCUCUUGGAUUUACCAGCCUUCUUGACGAUGGUCUCAACUAUUGCAACCUCUACAACUUGCUGGCAGCAAGUGGACUCACCUCGGCUCCAGGCUUCAUGGAGAUGACCAACGAGUGGGCCUGCAUGGGAUAUGGACUGGCCAAGUGCAAAGCCUAACGAGUUUUGUCUCAGUUUAUCAGAUGGCAGCAAAAAGUAGUUAUGUUUGAAUAAGAAAUAAGUUUCCUUGUGGAAAACAUUUCCACUUUGAAUGAGUAGAAAAAAAUAAAGUGAUGGUUUAAGAAUGCUUCUAA